AUGCGUUCGGACAAACAGAUCACUGCAUGGUCAGACCAAUUUGAUGGCGACGAGAGGUUUUUUGUCAUCCACACGGUCUUCGGUUGUUCUGUUAAACGUGAAGUACGUCCUGAGACAGAACUUAAGGAACUGCAGAACUUCGGCCUGUCUGAAGCGAUUUCCCCUCUCAUCAUAUUUGCUUCGUACGAGUGGUUCGACGGUCUUGACUGCCAGGAUCUGGCAGCCUCUGGUGACGGAGCCGCGGCGGAAUCCGGACCACCAAACGAAUAA